AUGCGGGGAGGUCAGAAGCGUCCGUCCGCCGCAGGCGGAACGGCGCGCGGGGAGACGGCGAUGGGGACGCUCUUCAUCCUCAUCCUCCUCGCUAUAGUCGGCUUCGCUGCAACGUACAGUGUGCUCUCCGCGCUAUCACCGCCGCCCUCCAUCCUGGUCGACGACGAUCUGCUCCUGGAGGCCUCUUCCCCCUCCGACUCUGAAGCAGCAGCAACCACAGGCGCGGGCGCGAAGGGGGGAAGCAGCAGCACUGGCGCGGGGGGAGCGGGGGAGGGCGCGUCAGGGGGCGGGGGGGAGGAUUCGCGGGAUUUCUGCCUGGGAGAAGAGCACUUGGAGCUGUGGGGGGAUGCAGUGAAGUGGGGGAGCAAUAACCCCACGGAUACUGCUGCCGCCUGCUGCCAGCAGUGCAAGGACAUGUGCACGGGUGCGGUGUGUCAGUGCAACGCAUGGGUGUACUGCGGUAACAAGGAGCUCUGCAAGGAUAACUACAGGCAGUGCUGGCUGAAGCGGCAGGAGGACGUGUUAAAGCCAGAGGUGUAUGGUAACAACCCGGAAAUCCCAUGGACGUCCGGGCUUGUGCACGGGGCAGGCAAGGGGGUCAUCCGCAUAAAGCUGCUGCCCUCGUGGGCGCCCAAGACAGUAAGGUACAUCUGGGAGCUGCUUCAUCUCGUUCCAACCACCGCACCCUUGCACCACCCAAACUCAACACUCCCCCAAUCCUUACAUUCUCCCAUCUCCCCCUCCACCCCAGCUGCUGCCCUCGUGGGCGCCCAAGACAGUGGGGUACAUUCGAGAGCUGCUGCAUCUCAAGUACUGCACCGGCUGCCAGCUCUACCGUGCAGAGGGGCUGGGGGAGGGGUGGAGCACGGACGGCAGCAGGACAACCAAGGUCUGCACGCCACACCCUCCCUCCCUCCCUCCCUCCCUCCCUCCCUCCCUCCCUCCCUCCCUCCCUCCCUCCCUCCCUCCCUCCCUCCCUCCCUCCCUCCCACGUGUCUUUCCAUGCUGCUUCUCAUCCCGCCUCUUCUCUGA